GGCUUGUUGUUCGCUCGUGUUAGCAUCGCUGCAGUAACGUAUGAGAGAGAGGCGCACUUACAUUAAACUCUGAUUUCUCUCCAAAAAACAAACUCAGGCUACACAGUCUGUAACAUGAGAGACGUGUUUCCAGUGAGGACAUAAAGAGACAGAGUAACGUGAACUCUGUGGGUGUUUCUGUGCUUCUUUAUCAUCAUUUAAAGAGGGAAACACAGAGGAGCCAACAUGGCGGACGUAACUGCCCGGAGUCUGCAGUACGAAUAUAAAGCGGUGAGUAUAAAACAGGUUUUAAUGAACGAUAAAGAGGGGAAAAAACUGUUAAUUACACCAAGGGAUGAUUUAAACAUUCACUCAGUUUACAGAUAAAACAGGUAGAGAGUAAUUACUUUAGUUUUUUAGUGAUAUAAUGGUGUCAGUUUCAGCAGUCUGAGAGUUUUAAUUCACUGUAACCGUAAAACACUAAAAUCAGUAACAUCAUCACUAUCACCAGGAGAUUUUUACCUGAAAUAAUAUACUCAAGAAAAAGUACAUCAUCAAAAUAGGAAAAACAUGACGAAUUACAGUAGUUUUCUUUUAUUUUUAACUGUGUAAUGUCCAAAGGGAGGGAAAAGAGCCAUGAGGGGACCAGUAUAUAGAUAUAUAUACUGUAAAGUUAUUUUCUUUUCCAGCCUUUACUGGGUCACGUUAGUCUUCCCUGGUUCAGACUCAGGGUCCUCGGCACAAUAACAGGAGAGAGAAACAAAAUCUGUCAGAUUUGGAGUAAAAAUGAUUAAAGCUGACUCCAAUAUUUCUGAUCUCCAUCUGAAUUCCCUUAAAAAUCACGACUUUGUGAUAGUUAUUCAUAAUCACUGUGCUAAACAGAGAUAACAUAUAAACUCCAGGACCGCUCUGACUGACCUUAUUCCCUACAUGCAGCUAUCAAACCCACCCAAACCUACUUUACCCUCCAUUACUAAAAUCACCCUGUGAACACGAGUCUGUAGGAAAAAACAGGGUUUGGAAAAUCAGGGAAACAAAUAUGUCUUUAAAGAUGUCAAAGGAAAUGCUGAAGAUACUCAGAGACCCGUGAUACUCAGACAAACACAACAUCAUGAAGUUCACCUAAAAACAGGUUUGGUCACUGGGGGAAAAUCACCCGGAGAUCGUCUUCUAGGGUUAAUGUGGAGUUAAAAAUCCUGAUAACCAGAGGUCUGGCUCUUUUUUCUUUUUUUUACUUGUCAUUAUUACAUUUUACGAUAUACCAUUAUAAAUAUACCAGAAAAAACAAUCAACAAGACAAACAAACAAAAUAAAUAACAGUAAGAAAAUAAAUACCAGGUAAGAAGUAAGAGAAAAGAUAGUCGUCUAGAUGAUCAAUGAUCUUUAUGAUAUUUGUCCAAAACAGAGUCUGUUUUCAGAGCCGUCUUGAUUUAAUAACAGUGCAGCUUUACUUCAGUUCAUUUAGAAAGUGGUCAAAGCUCGGUUUAGAGUCAGUCUAUUUUGUCUUGUGUCUGUGACAUUUCCAAGAAAAAGAAGUAAUAACAAAAAAACCAAAAUCUUUCUCUUUUUGUUCCUCUUCUAAACCAAUAAGGAUGUCUUUGUCUGCGAGGUGGGGCUGAUUUACUGACUGAUUUACAGGCUGAUCACAUGUUCGCUUUCCUCUACUUUGUCAGAACUCAAACUUGGUGUUACAAGCCGAUCGCUCCCUGAUCGACCGCACACGCAGAGAUGAGCCGACCGGAGAGGUGCUGUCUCUGGUGGGGAAGCUGGACGGGACGAAGAUGGGAGACAAAGCCCAGAGGACCAAACCUCAGAAACUGGAGGAGAGACGAGACAAGUCAGUAAACUCAGACAAGAAAAAAAAACACUCUCUGGAUAUAACACAGUGAACUCUCGACAGGAGCUCUACCGCUAACUUUCAGGACGCUGUAAACUUCAUACAGAUCAUACAGGCUUAUUCAUGUUUUAUCUUGUUCAGCUGUAGAGAUGUUGACAGUUGUGUUUCACUCUUUGAAAUAAAAAUCAAAGUGUUUAUAAAGUGAAAAUGAUCUCAUCCAAAAUAAAACUGCAAACAAACAUCAAGUCCUCAAAGUUCUGACUAAUCCAUGUUAACGCCGCCUGUUAGAGAGGAGAAAUCUGUGCUCUGAGUUCAGUGGAGUUUGGCUCAGUUGUUUAUUAUGGGAUGGAUUUGAUGUGCAGAGUUUGACUGAGGUGGUGUUGUUGUUUUUAAGCCUCAGUUUUGCUUUUGGUCUUUUCCUCCAGGCGGCGAAAGAGAGACGAGGACAGACACGACAUCAACAAAAUGAAAGGUUUUACUCUGCUGUCUGAGGGCAUCGAUGAGAUGGUGGGCAUCGUUUACAAACCCAAAACCAAAGAAACCAGAGAGACCUACGAGGUUCUGCUCAGCUUCAUCCACGCUGCUCUGGGAGAUCAGGUCAGUGAAGACCGCCGAGAAACAGCUGCUGCUUUUAUAGAGCUGUUUGACACGGAGGUUUAACUGUUCAUGUGAAUUCUUACAGCCUCGUGAUAUUCUCUGUGGAGCUGCUGAUGAAGUCUUGGCAGUGUUGAAGAAUGAUAAAAUGAGGGAUAAGGAACGGCGUCGUGAAGUAGAACAACUUCUAGGACCGGCUGAUGACACUCGGUACCAUGUGCUGGUUAAUCUGGGCAAGAAGAUCACAGACUAUGGAGGAGACAAGGAGUUACAGAACAUGGGUAAGAACACAAGACAAACGUAGUGCUAAUAAAUGAAAAUAAGUGGAUUAAGACCUUUCUACAGUGGGAUGAUUCCUGUGAUUGUGUCUUUCCUCUGCAGAUGAUAACAUCGAUGAAACAUACGGUGUGAAUGUGCAGUUUGAAUCCGAUGAGGAGGUACGGCCGUGUUUCUGAUUCCAGAGUUUUAAAUGAAGUUCAAGUUUUAGUCCCUGGACUCUAAUUUCUGUCUCUGUGCGUUUAGGAAGGGGAUGAAGACCAGUUUGGAGAAGUACGAGACGAACACUCGGAUGAAGACAGUGAAGGGGAGGAGGCAGAUUUGGGCUGCACUCUUUCAGCAAACGUAAGAGUAAAAUCAGAGACUUGUUUUUCCACUGAGUCGUGUUUCUAAAGAUAAACGACCGUUCGCUGAAGACUUCUUUAAAAUCAAUAAAUGACUUUUUUCUUUUCAGCUCGGUGCCACAGGGGAUGUGAUGACGGUGAAGAAAAAGGAUCUUCAUCCUCGAGAUAUCGAUGCUUUCUGGCUCCAGCGUCAGCUCAGUCGUUUCUAUGACGACGCCAUCGUCUCCCAGAAGAAAGCUGACGAGGUCUUGGAGAUCCUGAAGGUAAAUCUGACAUCUUUACUUCAGCACUUACUCAUCUUGAUUUGCCAGACCUGCUCAUCCAUCUCUCUCUCUCUCUGCACAGACGGCCAGCGAUGACCGAGAGUGUGAGAACCAGCUGGUGUUGCUGCUCGGCUUCAACACCUUCGACUUCAUCAAAAUCCUCCGCCAGCACCGCCGCAUGAGUAAGUGCUGCAGGAGAUGUAGUCACACGUGACCUGAUCAUGUGCCCCGUGAAGUUGUUUUAAACUUCUGAAACUGUCCUCAUGUCCACAGUUCAGUACUGCACCAUGUUGGCGAGCGCUCAGAGCGAAGCAGAGAAGGAGAGAAUCAUCGGGAAGAUGGAGUCUGAUCAGGAGCUCUCAAAGAUCCUUUACCAGCUGCAAGAGACGGAGAAGGAGGACAUUAUCCGGGUAAGACUCCGCCCUCUGAAACAAAAUGAUCAUUUAAAACCAACCAACGAAGAUCCUUUUCUGAAGCAACAUCUUCACUGUUUGUGUUUCUGUUCUCAGGAGGAGCGAUCUCGCAGGGAGAGGGUGAGGAAGUCUCGCGUUGAUGACCUGGAAGCGAUGGACAUCGACCACGGCGAGGUGAUCCUCAUUUCCUCCAGAACCGCUCUGAUCAGUGAAGUAACAGGCGGGACGCCGAGUUAACCUCUCGUUUGUUUUCCUUCUCCUUCAGUCGAUGACUUCUCGGCAGCUGCUGGACCUGGAGGACUUGGCCUUCACACAGGGGAGUCAUUUCAUGGCCAACAAGAGGUGCCAGCUGCCGGACGGCUCGUUUCGCAAACAGCGCAAAGGUUAUGAGGAAGUCCACGUCCCGGCGCUCAAACCCAAGCCUUUCGCUGACGAUGAGGUUUGUUAUCAUGAGUACGAGAGUCUGCAGGAUGAGUAGUUUACACACACAGGUGUUCACGUCUUAAAGUCUUCAUAUCAACGUGUCUGCAGGUGCUUGUUGCCAUUGAGAAGUUGCCCAAGUACGCACAGGCUGGAUUUGAGGGGUUCAAAACCCUGAACCGCAUCCAGAGCAAGCUGUUCAAGACCACCAUGGAGACGGAUGAGAACCUGCUCGUCUGUGCGCCGACGGUAAACUAACCUUUCUGAAGACCAGAAACAAAGUGAAAGUUUUUUUGAGGAGCGUGUUCUCCUGUAAUUACGGUCUUCUUUGUGCACACAGGGAGCUGGUAAGACCAACGUGGCCCUGAUGGCGAUGCUGAGAGAGAUCGGAAAACACAUCAACCUGGACGGGACCAUCAACGUGGACGACUUUAAGAUCAUCUACAUCGCUCCCAUGCGCUCUCUGGUGCAGGAGAUGGUCGGGAGUUUCAGUAAGGUCAGCAGAUUCAUAAAUCUACAAACAGGACGAAGAUUCUCUUUCAAUAAAAAUCCGGUUUGAGGAGUUUUAGGGAUUAACCGUCUUCUGGUGUUUCCUCAGCGUUUGGCGAGUUAUGGCAUCACCGUGUCUGAGCUGACAGGAGAUCACCAGCUCUGCAAAGAGGAGAUAAACGCCACACAGAUCAUCGUCUGCACACCUGAGAAGUGGGACAUCAUCACCCGUAAAGGUGGAGAGCGGACCUACACCCAGCUGGUGCGGCUCAUCAUCAUUGUAAGUGCAGCGUUUUUAAAAAUGGAGCAGAUUUCCAUUUAAAGGUUCAGGUGACGUAUAAUAAAAAACUAAAAAUAACUGUAAUAAUGUGACCUGAAGGAUGAGAUCCACCUUCUGCACGAUGACCGUGGACCUGUGUUGGAGUCUCUGGUGGCGAGGACAAUUCGUAACGUGGAGCUGACUCAGGAGGAUGUGCGUCUGCUGGGCCUGAGCGCCACACUGCCCAACUACGAGGACGUGGCGACGUGUCUGCGAGUGGAUCCUGCAAAGGGACUGUUCUACUUUGAUAACAGGUCUGUUGGUUGGAGACGUCUCCAAAGAUGAACACAUGACUGAUCACAUGACCUUCAUGAGUUCGGCUCCUCUUCAUCACAGCUGCCUCUGAGACUCUUUUCUCGUCUUCUCUCCAGUUUCCGCCCGGUUCCCCUGGAGCAGACGUAUGUGGGCAUCACCGAGAAGAAGGCCAUCAAGCGUUUCCAGAUCAUGAAUGAGAUUGUGUACGAGAAGAUCAUGGAGCACGCAGGAAAGAACCAGGUGAGACUUACUUACCAAGACUUCCUUCUGCUUUCUGUUGGGGUCUAGUCCAUAUUGAUUAUUCAGGGCUGAUAUUGAUUAAUCAUGAGGCCUAUAACUGAUAUGAGGACUGGAUGUGACUCACAGUAAAAUGAGAAAAGACUUUGUCAAAACGAGAGUUUGGAGACGUGAUCAGAACAUGAUGCAGAAAAGCUUUUAAGGGUCGUAUGUUAAUUCUCCUGAGUGUAGAUUUGAUCUCCUCCUUUUACCUGCAGACGAGUUUUUCUGAAGAAGAAGAAUCUUUGUGUUAAAGUUAAAAAUCCUGUAAUUCAGUUUCUGCAGUUUAACCAACACCGAUCAACAACAACAACGAUGAUGUGAAACCAGAUGGUUUUUAUUUGAGAUCAGAGGCAGCGAUUCCUUCAGUUUGAUUUUACUGCUAAAGUUUUGAGGAUAAAUCUCUGAAUUUGCUCGUCUCCGUCAGGUGCUGGUGUUUGUUCACUCCAGGAAGGAGACGGGGAAGACGGCCCGGGCCAUCAGAGACAUGUGCUUGGAGAAGGACACUCUGGGUCUUUUCCUCAGGGAGGGGUCCGCUUCCACUGAAGUGUUGAGGACUGAGGCAGAGCAGUGCAAGGUGAGACCAGAACACUAACCUGAAACUGCAGCAGAGAAACGGAGAGUUAGUUUAGUACGGGGAGAGUCUCCGAUCAGACUAACGUCUCACCUUUCACCUCAAGAACCUGGAGCUGAAGGAUCUUCUGCCGUACGGUUUCGCCAUCCAUCACGCCGGUAUGACCAGAGUGGACCGUACGCUGGUGGAGGAUCUAUUCGCUGAUCGACACAUCCAGGUCCUGGUGUCCACAGCCACGCUGGCCUGGGGUGUGAACCUGCCCGCUCACACCGUCAUCAUUAAAGGCACUCAGGUCUACAGCCCAGAGAAGGGCAGGUGGACCGAGCUCGGCGCUCUGGACAUUUUACAGGUCAGUGUGUCCCGCUGUGAAACCAAAACAUGAAGAAAUGCUUCCUAAACCUAAAUAACCUACAGUAAUAACCUAAAGUAAUAACCUACAGUAAUAAACCAAUAACCCACAGUAAUAACCUAAUAACCUACAGUAAUAACCUUAUAACCUACAGUAAAAACCUUAUAAUCUACAGUAAUAACCUAUAGUAAUAACCUACAGUAAUAACCUAUAGUAAUAACCUACAGUAAUAACCUAAUUACCUACAGUAAUAAACCAAUAACCUACAGUAAUAACCUUAAGUGAUAAUAACCUACAGUAAUAACCUAAUAACCUACAGUAAUAACCUAAAGUAAUAACCUUAUAACCUACAGUAAUAACCUAUAGUAAUAACCUACAGUAAUAACCUAAUAACCUACAGUAAUAACCUAAUAACCUACAGUAAUAACCUAUAGUAAUAACCUACAGUAAUAACCUAAUAACCUACAGUAAUAACCUAAUAACCUACAGUAAUAACCUACAGUAAUAACCUAUAGUAAUAACCUACAGUAAUAACCUAAUAACCUACAGUAAUAGCCUACAGUAAUAACCUAAAGUAAUAACCUAUAGUAAUAACCUACAGUAAUAACCUAAAUAACCCACAGUAAUAACCUAAAGUAAUAAUAGCCUACAGUAAUAACCUACAGUAAUAACCUACAGUAAUAACCUACAGUAAUAACGUAAUAACCUACAGUAAUAACCCGUAGUUAUAACUCAUUGUUCGGUGUGUUUCUGGUAUAUUUCAGAUGUUGGGUCGAGCCGGCCGUCCUCAGUACGACACUAAAGGAGAGGGAAUCCUGAUCACGUCCCACGGAGAGCUGCAGUACUACCUGUCUCUGCUCAACCAGCAGCUGCCCAUCGAGAGUCAGAUGGUGGGGAAACUGCCCGACAUGCUGAACGCCGAGAUCGUCCUGGGCAACGUGCAGACGGUCAAGGUUAGUGACGUCAUCGUACGCAUGAUCAGACGAGCUGAUGUUCUUGUUUCCUGUCGUCACUCCAACAUUUAUCAUGUCUGCUUCGUCAGGACGCGGUGAACUGGCUCGGUUACACGUACCUGUAUGUGCGCAUGCUGAGGAACCCCACCCUGUACGGGGUCUCCCAUGAUGACCGGAGUUCGGACCCUCUGCUGGAGAGACGCAGGACAGACCUGGUCCACACGGCAGCCAAUGUCCUGGACAAGAACAGUCUGGUCAAAUACGACAAGAGGACCGGCACCUUCCAGGUACGAUCCCGCCCUAUGAUCCUGAACUGUUAGACGGACCUCAGGUGUUUAAUUCUGGACCGCUCUGCCUCUUUACCUGAAGGUGACAGACCUGGGACGCAUCGCCAGUCAUUUCUACAUCACCCACGACUCCAUCCAAACCUACAACCAGCUGCUGAAGCCCACUCUCAGUGAGAUCGAGCUCUUCAGGGUCUUCUCGCUCUCCUCAGAGUUCAGGAACAUCACAGUGAGAGAGGUACGGUCACAGCGGUUCGACCAGAACCUCUAAACACGAUUUAAUGAGUUCAGACUGAUGAAUGGUCUCCAUCUUUUAGGAGGAGAAGCUGGAGCUGCAGAAGCUGCUGGAGAGAGUUCCCAUCCCUGUGAAGGAGAGCAUCGAGGAGCCCAGCGCCAAGGUAGAACUCAGAACCAGUCUGUUUUUUACUUAUUUCAUCUCGUCUGUUUGAGGUUUUUACGGCCAGGUCAGUGUGUCUCGUGUUUCUUUGAUCUGAUUUCUCCUCCUCAUCCCUAACCUUCUUCUCAUCCUCCAGAUCAACGUUCUCCUGCAGGCCUUCAUCUCUCAGCUCAAACUGGAGGGCUUCGCUCUCAUGGCCGACAUGGUUUAUGUGACACAGGUAGAGUAGUCCUCCUCUGAAUCACAAAGUUCUGUCAAACUAUCAAACCAAACCUGAUCAGAUCUGAAGGAAACGAUCAGCUGUUCUGUGUUAAAUUAUUUUAUUAAUAAAUGAAGUUUUUAAUGAUUUAAAAAUAUGACCUUGUUCGACUGUGUUUCCUCUCAGAGCGCUGGACGGUUGAUGCGCGCCAUCUUUGAGAUCGUGUUGAACAGAGGCUGGGCCCAGCUGACGGACAAGACCAUGAACCUCUGCAAGAUGAUUGACAAGAGGAUGUGAGUGUCCCUAAAACAGCACGCCUGUGUUUGAUUGGUCAGAGCAGGUGUGUCAUCACCUGUGUCCUCCUCACAGGUGGCAGUCCAUGUCUCCUCUGCGGCAGUUCAAGAAGCUUCCAGAGGAAGUGAUCAAGAAGAUCGAGAAGAAGAACUUCCCCUUCGAGCGUCUCUACGACCUCAACCACAACGAGAUCGGCGAGCUGAUCCGCAUGCCGAAGAUGGGGAAGACCAUCCACAAAUACGUGCACCAGUUCCCCAAACUGGACCUGGCUGUGCACCUGCAGCCCAUCACCCGCUCCACCCUGAAGGUGGAGCUCACCAUCACCCCGGACUUCCAGUGGGACGACAAGGUCAGAGUUCAAACCUGAACCUGCUGCAGCGGCCUCCGCCUGUCCGUACUCUGACCUCUGACCUCUGACCUCCUCUCUCUCUGGCUCUCAGAUUCACGGAUCCUCUGAAGCGUUCUGGAUCCUGGUGGAGGACGUGGACAGCGAGGUCAUCCUGCAUCACGAGUACUUCCUGCUCAAAGCCAAGUACGCCCAGGAUGAACACCUGGUGACGUUCUUUGUCCCCGUGUUCGAGCCUCUGCCGCCGCAGUACUUCAUCCGUGUGGUUUCAGACCGAUGGCUCUGUGAGUAUCGAGAUUCAGACGUGGAUCAGAGCGUUCUCAUCGUGUCCCGGUUCUGAUCUGAUUCUGGUUCCUUUCAGCCUGUGAGACUCAGCUGCCCGUGUCGUUCCGUCACCUGAUCCUACCGGAGAAAUAUCCUCCGCCCACCGAGCUGCUCGACCUGCAGCCGCUGCCCGUCACCGCCCUCCGGAACUCUGCCUUCGAGGCUCUCUACCAGAACAAGUUCCCCUUCUUCAACCCGAUCCAGACCCAAGGUACCGAGUUCAGCAACCCUGAACCCUCACGUGCCCUUUGACCCCACAGAGGUGUGUUGACCUGUUCUUGUCCUCUGUCCCUUCAGUUUUCAACGCCGUGUACAACAGCGAUGAUAACGUGUUUGUUGGCGCUCCCACCGGCAGCGGAAAGACCAUCUGUGCUGAGUUUGCGAUCCUGAGGAUGCUGCUGCACAACGCCGAGGGUCGCUGCGUCUACAUCACCCCCAUGGAGGCGCUGGCUGAACAGGUGAGGGGUCCUUCAGGGUCCUGUUUGAGGAUCGGGGGCCGGACCCACUGAACGGGUCGCUCCGGUUUUCUUAGGCUGCUUGUUUUUGAUGAAACUUUAGUUCCUGAUUUCACGUCGCCGAGUCAGAGGAGGAGCUCCUUAGUGACCCACCGAGCUCCAGGAGUUAGCGCUGUGGUCAGAGUCGAAGUCCGGUCCGCGUGUCCCUCACAGUUAUGAUCCAGUGAACGAAUCCUCUCGUCUGAACUCUCUCUGAAAAGGUCGUGGUCACCGAUCGCUCCGGCGAAGGUUCACGUUCAUGAUGAGAUAACGGCGGUCUUUGUGUCUCAGGUCUUUGUGGACUGGCAUCAGAAGUUCCAGGACGUCCUGAACAAGAAGGUGGUCCUGCUGACCGGAGAAACCAGCACCGACCUGAAACUCCUGGGGAAAGGUGACAUCAUCGUCAGCACCCCCGACAAAUGGGACAUCCUGUCUCGCCGCUGGAAACAGAGGAAGAACGUGCAGAACGUCAGCCUCUUCAUCGUGGACGAGGCGCACCUCAUCGGAGGAGAGAACGGGGUAAGACCAGAGUCCGGUUUCUAACGUGUCACAGGUCCGUCCUCGUGGCGGUGUAGUCCCUCAUCCUAACAUCUGUCCGUCUGUCUGUCGUGGUCAUCAGCCCGUGUUGGAGGUCAUCUGCUCCAGGAUGAGGUACAUCUCCUCUCAGAUUGAGCGGCCCAUCCGAAUCGUGGCCCUCAGCUCGUCCCUGUCCAACGCCAAAGACGUGGCUCACUGGCUGGGCUGCAGCACCACCGCCACCUUCAACUUCCACCCCAACGUCAGACCCGUUCCUCUGGAGCUCCACAUCCAGGUCUGUAGAGAGGAGGUCCCAUCAAACACCUCUCAGGUCUGAAACAUGAUAUAAGCUCUCUGAUUGGUUGUUGGCUCUUCUUGUGUUCAGGGCUUCAACGUGAGUCACACUCAGACCCGCCUCCUGUCCAUGGCGAAGCCGGUCUAUCACGCCAUCAUGAAGCACUCGCCCUCUAAGCCGGCCGUGGUCUUCGUCCCGUCCCGCAGACAGACUCGCCUCACCGCCAUCGACAUCCUCACCUUCUGUGCCGCAGACGUGGUCCCUCAGAGGUCAGUCUUGAUGAGACCAGGAUGAGGACUCGGGUGGGUCUAAAUACCUAAGACUAAAUACCAAAUAUGGUCGUCUUCCUGCAGGUUCCUUCACUGCACAGAGAAAGACCUCGCUCCAUUCCUGGACAAGAUCAAUGACUCCACGUUGAAGGAGACCCUCGCCAACGGCGUGGGAUACCUCCACGAGGGUCUGUCAGCGACGGAGCGCAGAAUCGUGGAGCAGCUCUUCAACUCCGGUAGGACUGAGUCCGGGUCUACAUCAGCUCUGAGGUCUGCUGUGGUCUGGGGUCGGUGAUAAGUUCUGGUCUGUUUGGUCCCUGCAGGUGCUGUCCAGGUGGUGGUGUCCUCGAGAUCGCUCUGCUGGGGGAUCAACAUCUCUGCACACCUCGUCAUCGUCAUGGAUACGCAGUACUACAACGGCAAAAUCCACGCGUGAGUCAGACCAAUCAGAACUCUCCUGUGUGUUAUAGAUGAAGUGAUGAUCCUCCUGUGGAUCCUGAAGAGAUCUUCUGAUCAUCUCAGGUUUUAGGUGGACUCUCUUUAAAUACUACAUAACUUUAGAGGGUCAGGUCUUCCUGUCGGGUCUGGACUCUGACUCUGACUCUGACACCGGGUCGGUUUCUCUGUGGACCCCCAUAUAUGAACUCUGGUUCUUGGUCUUUGUCUGGUCCCCUCAGGUAUGUGGACUAUCCCAUAUAUGACGUCCUCCAGAUGGUGGGGAAGGCCAACAGACCCAUGCUGGAUGAUGAGGGGCGCUGCGUGAUCAUGUGUCAGGGCUCCAAGAAGGUGAGUAGACCUCCUGAUCCUCCAGGUUCUGGUUCUGUGAAAGUUCUGAACUGAAAAACUGUUUGUUUGGACUCUUCUCUUCAGGACUUCUUCAAGAAGUUCUUGUAUGAACCUCUGCCCGUGGAGUCUCACCUGGACCACUGUCUCCACGACCACUUCAACGCUGAGAUCGUCACCAAGACUGUGGAGAACAAGCAGGACGCCGUAGACUACCUGACCUGGACGUUCCUCUACCGCCGGAUGACCCAGAACCCGAACUACUACAACCUGCAGGGUGAGUCUGAGAAACGGGUCACUGUAAAAGGUUCUGGUUCUGAUUCAGGAUUGUAAAGGUCCAGUUCUGUGUUCUCCUGGUCAGGCAUGUCCCACCGUCACCUGUCGGACCACCUGUCUGAGCUGGUGGAACACACGCUGCACGACCUGGAGCAGUCCAAGUGCAUCAGCAUCGAGGACGAGAUGGACGUCGCUCCGCUCAACUUGGGCAUGAUCGCCGCCUACUACUACAUCAACUACACCACCAUCGGUCUGUACCUCCAACAGAUCUCCACACUUAUCUGUGAUCGUCUUUUUUAGUCUUACUGACUCUGACUCUGGUUCUGGUUCUGGUUCUGGUCCACAGAGUUGUUCAGCAUGUCCCUCAAUGCAAAGACCAAGAUCCGUGGACUCAUUGAGAUCAUCUCCAACGCCGCCGAGUACAAGAACAUCCCCAUCAGACACCACGAGGACACUCUUCUCAGACAGGUAACCAGAGGGGGAUGGAGCCGUCUGAUUGGCUGAUUUCGUUUCCUGUUCUUCAAAGUUGUUUCAGUUCGACUCGUUUUUCAAACUCUGUUUUUAUUCGUCCAGCUGGCUCAGAAGGUUCCUCACAAACUCAACAACCCGAAGUUCAACGAUCCUCACGUGAAGACCAACCUUCUGCUGCAGGCUCACCUGUCCAGGAUGCAGCUGAGCGCCGAGCUGCAGUCAGACACCGAGGAGAUCCUCAGCAAGGUUCGGAGCAGAGAAGGUUUGAGGAUGAUGGAGGAGGAACCUGAACGUUUGUUGGGUUGGGUUUGACUCCUGUGUUUUGUCUGCAGGCCGUCCGUCUGAUCCAGGCCUGUGUGGACGUGUUGUCCAGUAACGGCUGGCUGAGUCCGGCUCUCGCUGCCAUGGAGCUGGCUCAGAUGGUCACUCAGGCCAUGUGGUCCAAGGACUCGUACCUCAAACAGCUGCCCUUCUUCACCUCCGAGCACAUCAAGCGCUGCACAGACAAAGUGAGUCAGCCGUCACAAACUCAGAUCUCUGAAUAAACAUGGACCAUCAUCUCAUCUGUUCCUCCUCCUCCUCCUCUUCCUCCUCAGGGCGUGGAGAGCAUCUUCGACAUCAUGGAGAUGGAGGAUGACGACAGGACGGCGUUGCUGCAGCUCUCAGACGUUCAGAUGGCGGACGUGGCUCGUUUCUGUAACCGCUACCCCAACAUCGAGCUGUCCUACGAAGUGGCAGAAAAGGACAAUAUCAAGAGGUUCGAACGCACCGAUGCUGCACAGCUAUUGGUCGGUUUUUUCAUCACAGUGUGUUUUUUUAAUACGUGUGCUGAUGUUCUCCCACAGCGGCAGUCCAGUCCUGGUCCAGGUUCAGCUGGAGAGAGAGGAGGAGGUGACCGGGCCCGUCAUCGCUCCUCUCUUCCCUCAGGUGAGCGGCGCGUCUCUCUGCGUUUGAAUCAGUUAAUCUUCUCUGACGUCUUCUGACUCUUUCGUUUGUUCUGGUUUCAGAAACGUGAGGAGGGCUGGUGGGUCGUGAUCGGAGACCCCAAAUCUAACAGUCUGAUCUCCAUCAAGAGGCUGACGCUGCAGCAGAAAGCGAAGGUGAGGAGGACGGUCAGAAACAUGAGGGAUGAGGGAUGAGAACUCAGAUUAAAAAAGAAGAGAGUCAGCUGUUUGUUUGUCCGCUGACUCAGCCGUUAAUUCACUCAUAGUAAAGUUUAAAACCAGAUUUCUGUUUUUGGGUCAGCUGAUCAUCUCAGCAGGCGUCAGUUUCACAAAUCUUAUAAAAACUGAACUUUAGUCUCUUCAGAAGUUUGGAUCCCACUGCACCAUAAUAAAGUGUAUCUUUCUAAUCUGAUCAUCUAAUCCCAUCAUGAGUCUUUAAAAUCAAACUUUGACAUGACCUGUGAAUUCUUCAAAUCCUUUUUUUUUUGUUUAAAAAAAAAUAUAUAUUUUUUUAAUUUCCAAACAAAAACCUAAAACAAAAAUAAGAACGAGUGAACUUUCUAAACCAUCGACAUUUGUCCUGAUUAAAAAUCUCUCCCUCCCUCUCUCUCUCUCUCUCUCUCUCGCUCCCUUCCUCUCUCUCUCUCUCUCCCUCUCCCUUCCUCUCUCUCUCUCUCUCCCUCUCUCUCUCUCUCUCUCUCUCCCUCCCUCCCUCCCUCCCUCUCUCUCUCUCUCUCUCUCUCUCUCGCUCUCUCUCUCUCUCUCUCUCUCCCUCCCUCCCUUCCUCUCUCUCUCUCUCUCCCUCUCUCUCUCUCUCUCUCUCUCUCUCCCUCCCUCCCUCCCUCCCUCCCUCCCUCUCUCUCUCUCUCGCUCUCUCUCUCUCUCUCUCGCUCUCUCUCUGCAGGUCAAACUGGACUUUGUCGCCCCGGCGAUGGGCGUCCAUAACUACACGCUGUACUUCAUGAGUGACGCGUAUAUGGGCUGUGAUCAGGAGUACAAGUUCAACAUCGACGUGAAGGAGGCUGAAAGUGACGGAGACAGCGACUCCGACUGAAGAGGGACGGGGUCCGGGGUCCGGAGACUCUGAGAGGGAUCAGUUUUUUUUAUGUAGAUAUUCAGACUUCCUGUUUUCGAGCGUGUCAGUGUCGUCAUCGUCCUCUUUAUGUUGUUUUCAUCAGACCAGGAUCAUAGAGACCAGGAUCAGUUUUAUCAGACGUGUAUCACAGACUCGGGACUCUCUUCACUGAUGACACUGAAGCUCCAGUUCCUGUUCUGAUCACAGAGGGAUGAUCGAACUUUAUAUUCACAGAUUUACUGUCAGGGAGAAAGAAACAGAUAAAGAGUAAAAACGCUGUGAUUCCAGUGAAAAUUAAGUGUUUUGUUUUGAUGUUUGAUUCUGCUCUAAAUGUUUUUAGGAUGACGUUCUGUCUGGAAUAUUUUUCACAAUAAAAGACUCAGUUCUUACAUUUUCUCUUUAUUCACUCUCUUAUUUUUACAAAUAAUCAAACUUUUAUUUGAGCUUUAAUGAAGACAUCUGAAGAAGCGCGAUCACGUUAGGAAAAUAAAAAAAAGCUGAAUUCUUUAAUUAGCAGACGGAUCAGUAAACGUGGAGACCUCAGGACCAGGUCCCAGUGUGACCUGCAGAGACCCCUUUCAUUCAUGGAGAGGCGUGCGUGAUCAUAUUCCCUCAGUCUUCUUCCUGGAACCUCCAGAUGGCGAUCUCUCCGUCAUCGCUGCAGGACGCCAGCAGUCCCGCCUCUUUGGGGUUCCAGUUGACACAGUUGACAUCCUGGUUGUGAGCUUUGGUCACCUGAGCGGACAGGGAGAACACGGGCUGAUCCGGAUCCGACGUUUCGUCCUCCUUAAACACCCGAACCCCGUCGUCUCCGCAGGCUGUCGCCAGGGCGCCCGUCAGCCGACACC